AUAAUCUUGUCUACGCUCCUUUCUUACAGUACAUAAAAUCCUCGGUAUUGCAAUCUAACCAGGUGCUCGCUCUUGCAUGAAAUAAUGCUCGAAUGGGCACCAUGUGUCAUAAUUCAGUCGGUGUAGCGUUAAACCCAACCAACAUAACUCCAAAUCUUAGCGACAUAUUUGACAAACAUAUUUAAAGAUCACGUAAAGCGGUGUUUUAUCUACACACAUGAAUAAUCGAUAGGUCAUUUUAUAAGCGGAGUAUACAGUAUACAUGUAAACUGGUUUUCCAUAUCAAGUUUAAACAGAUAACUGUUCAUACAGGAUCAUUCCUUUUGUUUACAUAAAAGGAUUUAUAGUUCUGUGAGAUAUUAACAGAAAAAGGAAGUAUACACUCCUUAAAAUUAAAUUUUGUUAUUACAGAUAUUAAAUAUGAGAGGAUUUAUAAUUAUAAACGUUAAAUAACCAAUAGUGAUCAGACAGCAUAGAGAAUGUUGGAUCUUUAUAUUUAGAACCAUUAUUAUUAUUUUUUUUUUUGAGGAUAACUUAGUGUAAUUAUGUCACUUGCAUACCGUAUCAAACCGAUUUAUUCAUGUAGUGUCUGUAAAAAGACAUUUGCAAACCCUGCUAAUGUGGCCCGUCAUGAACGUAUUCAUACUGGCGAAAACCCCUACAAAUGUAAAAUUUGUGGACGUCAAUUUAGGUACGAAAGCACUUAUAGCGUGCAUAUGGUGGUUGAACACCGUGUAGGGAAACAGAAGGUGGCGGGUGGUAAACGUGCUGAUCAAGGAAAGCAUGUCCAACAACCCGACAACAAAAGCAGCAAUCGACAAGGAAACUUCGAGUGUGAGCAUUGUGGACGCAGAUAUAAGCAAUUUACUUGUUACUGUCAACAUUUGGUGUCCGAACAUUCGGCUGAGAAACACAAGUUGAAACCUGGAUACUAUUCAGAAAAUACUGAUCGAGAUCGAGAAUCUGACAGCAACAUUCGAGAUACUAACAUGUCGAUCCCUGUGUUGAAUCAACAUCAUAAAACGACCAUAAAUAGCAAUGACCUAGAACCACGAGCGCGUGUUGGUUGUCAAAUUUGUCACAGGACGUUUAUGAAUAUGAAUAUACUCAAAAGCCACAUGAGGCUUCACGAAAUUCCAAAAUCCUCGACAAAGAGUCUUACAAGCACCGCCAAUGCUGCCAUUAACAAUAUACUUCAUCUCCAAAACAUGCGCACAUCUACCAUGUCAAAAAGUGCAGCCACAAGAGUCAACAAUUUCAAAUAUCCAGAACUCAGAGAAGCCUCAAUAUCUACCGAGAGCACUAAUGUUGCACAUUCUAGAACAGAAACAGGUACUGUUAAUGGCAGGAAUAAACCAAGUCAGCCUGUCGAGAAAUCGGGAAGAAAUAUCCAGGGUGUAGUUAAUGCCAUGACGAAACCGGUCGCGUCAAAACAACAUCAAUCCAAAGUCAAUGACGUCACUUUUAGGAGGGACGCUUCUUACAUUGAUGUUGAAACAGGAAGCAUUGAAAGUGAUUCGGAUAUGUUUGGCCGGUGGGAUAGUUCACAGUCACAGUUGUCUCAGAGCAAUGUUAAUAAUACGACUGUUUACACAUGCCAACCAAAGCCGUGUCCCAAGUGUUACAAGUCUUUUAAGACAUCGAUUGGACUUAGAAAGCAUAUGGCCUUCGCUCAUCCAAAAAGGUUCACGUGUACGAUAUGUGACCUGUCUUUCAAAACUCCACAUAGCUGUAAACAAAACGAGAAACACUUAUACGAAUGCAGUGUCUGCAAGUGCAAAUUUUGCACUAUGAAAUCAUUGAAGAAACAUGCACAGUCACAUAAAAAGUGUUACAAGUGCAACAUUUGCAAACAAUGUUUUUAUACAAAGGAAGAACAAACGAACCAUUUAAGAACAAGUCACAUACGAAACGGGCCGUUCACAUGUCCUUAUUGCGAAUUGAGUUUUACUGAUAAAAGUAAUCGCUAUAGACACAUUAAACUACAUCACAAAACUUCCAAGCGUCCUUCACAAGACAUCAAAACACUGGAAUGCACUGUACGUAAAUCGCCAGCCGGAGCAGAUAAAUGUGCGCAUACGUGUUCCCAGUGCAACAAUUCUUUUUCCAAAGAGUACCUGCUUCGAAAGCAUGUGAUGAAAGUUCACUGGAAAGAAGACAAUAAGGUAAACAAAAUGAAACAAAUGGCUGUAAGACAGAUAAAACAGAAUAGUGGCAAAGCACUUUCAGGACGAACUGUAAACGAAGGUCAAGAAAUGGCUGUCAUGCGGAUGGAACCCAAUUGUGCUGUGACGGCUUUAGGAUGUGCUGAUAACGAAUUUGAGCAUUAUAUUUGUGAUACCUGUAGUGCGGAAUUUACCACGCGCCACAGUCUCACUGUGCAUAUAAAGGAAAACCAUUUCUUAGGCUCUCUACAUGCUGAAGCUGAUGGGGUUAACAGUAAUUUCAGUGGGAAAGACAAUAUCGAACAAAUGGAUUUUACAAAUAAAAUGGAAUACCUUAGAAAGAAGAAAAUAGAACUGAAUGAGGCGAUAUUACGAGAUUAUAGUGUUUAUAUUGAUAUUCUUAAGCCAGAUCAAAUUGAUCUUAAUACAAAUAGAAAGGUAUUCAGAUGUGAAGUGUGCUCGACGACUUUUACACGCAGAGAUUACCUUGUACGACAUAUAAAGAGAAGGGCGUACGACCAUGGUUCAUACCUGAGAAAAAAAGGAGACAUAACAGGAUGUUUUCAAUGUGAUGUAUGCAGAAAAGUAUCCACAGAAAGAUUCACUAUGUUAUCACAUAGACAAAAACAUACGAAAAAGGAGUUCAGAGAUGCCGGUGCACGUGAAGACGUUUAUAAAUCCCCGGAUGGUAAAACAAUUAUAACAGAUCUCGAACUAAAUUAUACACAUACAUCUAGCACUGAACAUGAAGUGUCAAGCAGCACACGUAAAGAAAUAUUUGAAGAAAAAUCAACUAAAACGGAUGACGAUGGAGUAACGAUAUAUAUGAACAGAGCAGACGAUGUAGAUUGUGAAGAAGAAGAAGAAGAGGAACCUCUCUAUACAGCACGUCCAUACUUCCCAGAGAAAAAUAAAGACACUGAGCUUGUACAGAAUGGAAGCAUACCACAUGAAGCCGCUAAUGCACAAGCUGUUGAUGAUAUACCAGCUGUACGUGGAACUAUCGAAGGAGAAUGUACUGUGCGAGUUGAUGAACAAAAUAUUGAAAAUAAUGUAAUAGUAUCAUCAGCAAAUACAGCUGAAUUGAUGGUGCUGGCAGAUGGAAUCAAAAGGGCAGAUCAAAUUCAUAUAAAAGUAUGCAAAGAAAGAAAUACUACUGAUAUGGCUGCUGAAAAAGGUGACAUGAUGGAAGGAAUCAAACGUCAGUGUCAAACUUAUGACAACUUUGAUACAAUUGCUAAUAUAGCUGAACAAAAGAAGACGCCUGGAGGAAGUAACAAUAAAUGUAAAAUCCAUACUGUAGAAAGUGUAAAUGACAGAUCUACCAAAGACCUCACCAGUUCAAGCAGACAUAUAAAUACAAUCACUAUGCAAAACGGUAAGAUACACAUACCAUUAAAGCCAAACGAACAGCCGCACUUACCUGAAGAAUGUAUUGGGUCAAGUGCCACAGUGACGGGUUCUAUGUCGUCAGUUUCAAGUUGUGGAGGAGAUGAUAGAGUGUGUAUUAAAUGUGAACUUGUAGUUUUGCAGGGACAGACUAGUUUGCGGUGUAGAUUGUGUGAUCAAGUAUUUUGUUUAAACUGUUCUGGUCUUUCAAGAGAUGUGCACGAUAUGUUAUGUAGUAACGGGAAAGAAUUUACUACUUGUAUCUGGUGGACAUGUCAUGUUUGCAGACACUUGGUUCCAAAGUUUGCACUACUUCUUCGUCAGCUUAGCGACUUUGAGCACAUCAUUAAUAACCAGAUAACAAACAUGGAGCAAAGGUUGUCAAUAAUGAGAUCUAAUGGGAAAAACUGAAUGGUACUUAAUGCACAGGGUGCGUAGUAAAUAAUGUACAGAUAUGUGCAGUAUAACUAAGUUUUGACAUCUGACGAGUAUUUGUAUCGACUGACCUCCAAACAUUUUUUUUUGAAAUUUAUGUUUUUAUCAAAAUUGAAUGGAAUAACCUGAAAUUACAAUUAUCGCGCCUCGUUCACACUUAGUCCGCACUGUUGUAGUAGCCUGGUUCAUAUAUUUGUAGUAGAAAUAACGUUCCUAAAAUUUGCUGUUUGUGUUGUUACAAAGUAUACUUCUGUAUCAAGUUGUUUUCUUUGCAAUGGUGUAAAUCCUCAGUAAUCCAUUUAUCUAAAUCAGGUUUUAGCGUCGUUUGUAAUUUGCCAGGUACGCAUCUAAAUUAUUUUCACCCGAACUGUAUAAAGUACACCUGCAUCAUUCAUAUAUCAUUUCAAGCUGGAGCCGGAUCAUGCAGCAUUUUAACAUUUUAUAUAAAUAAACCAAUGUACCGAGGGUCUAACUAAAGUCCUUCCUGUGCCUUAUUUGAUAAUACGUUUUACCUACAUUUGCACCUUAUCAGUAACAGACUUUAAAUGUUGCACACUUCUACUCAACUCAUGUAUUCUUUUAAAGCGUUGUUCAGAUGCUUCAUCUGCAACUGAAAGGUUGCUACUUAAAUCUUAGAAUACACCCUGAGUGCAAAUAGAUAGUCAAUGAAUUUCUUUAUAUAUAUCUAUUCCAUAAAGUGCUUUUGCAAUAUUUUCUUCGUAAGUCUUGUCUUUACUCCACAAUAACACUGUCAGACACUCACAAGGGUCCCUAUUAACAACUUAGAUGAAAUUCAUAUGCUAUUACAGUCUGGCUACUGACAAGAAAAUGCUAAAGGGAGAGCGCCAUCUAAGGAUUUCAGGGUCGUGAGUUCGAUCCUCGGGCGUGUCGUAUGUUCUUCGUGACGAAUUGAUAAAAUACAUUUUGUCUGAAGUCAUUCGUCAUCCACUUCUGAUUGAUGUGGGGAAGUUGACAGUUAUUUGGAAAGAACAGAUUUGUAGUGGUACAGAAUCCAGUAACACUGGUUAGGUGAACUGCCUGCCAUUACAUAACUGAAAUACUGUUGAAAAACGGCGCUAGAUCCCAAACAAAUGAACAAACUAACUAGAUAUAAAUAGAUAUUAUUGUCGGUUAUAUUGCUUUUGAUAUCUUGACAAAUUCCUUCUUUGAUCUAGUUCUGCAUCACUCCCUCAUCUCACCGUCUUGCCAAAUAUAAGAACAUCCAACCUAUCCAAACCCUUACCCGUCGCCACAAUAACCAACCCUCAGCCACAAAAAAUUGUUUAUAUUUCACUUAGUCAUCCUCUAAUCUAAAACUACCGACAUAUUUCAGUUUCCUGGAGCUCUUAUGCUAUAAACGAAUAGUCAAAUAAGAGAUAAAAUAUAUCUACAGCUUUAUUAGAACAUAUACCAUCUGUCACAUGAUAAGCUUCUUAAAACGUUUGUUAAAGAAGCAGCUCUAAAAUUACACUUAAACCUCUACCGCUUUUAAAAUAUCAAGUAUUACAUUUUAGUGGAAACAUUCUAACAUGACUUGAUUGGUUUCAUUACUGAAAUCACAUACAUGCUUUAAUAUUAUGUUUAAAAAUCCAUAAGUUAUUAUAUUUCAACAUGCAAUACUAGUAAUAAUUUUUUUACAAUGCAGUUGCAAAAGCAACGAUACUGUCUAAUAGGCGAAAUUAUUAUUUAAAUCGAAAUAGAUACGUUACUACUCUUUCCAGCCAUGUAUCAUUUACCAUUACAAGCCCAUCAGAAAUAUUCAUUUAACAAUCAUUUAACAUUCACACAUUUUCUACAUGACUGAAUGUGUUUUGUUUUAUAUAGAUUUGGCAAUAAAAAUGGAUCAUCAGAA